UUAUGGUCUUGCCGCACCCAUUUACAGAUUUUGCCUCCUGCCAAUUCUAACCUCCAUUUCUCUGUAUGUGAUCUUCUAACAGUGGAACAACCUCAUUUCAACAGACCCCACCUGAAGCUACUAGUUCCUUAGCAGCCAGUGGAGGAACUAAAAGAAUUUACACUCAGAAAGACCACGUCAUCCCAGAUUUCCAUUCCAUGCUACUGCAGCAAGUGUUACUUUGAGGCAAGUGGACAUGCUACUCACUAACAUGCUAAUCUGAUUUUUUCGUCUGCAGAAGGAGAACAGCAGGAUGCCUGGACUUAGGCCUCCACUGGGUCGUGCCCCCAUGUGGCAAAGCCGAGGGUCCCCUAAUGAGGUGGGAGUUGGAUCUAAGAGUCAAACGAGUACGAAGGUGUGGGAACUCACAAAACUUCAAAAUACUCAGUCUCUGAGGAUCAGUGACAGCAGUGAGAUCUUGGUCUACAAAGAAGAGGUGAAGAAGAUGAACAUGGGCUUACCAGCAGGACUGGGAAAGAUCCCGCUAAGAGCAGCCACACCUCCCUCAUCCUUGGCGGAGACCUCCACUGUCUCUGCUGUGAGUGGGGUGGAGGAGCAGUGGAUGGUCGACAGUCAGGACACCUCCCUUUCUCCCCAGCAUCCCGAGCUUCCCCCAGUCCCACUUUCCAGGAAAGAAACACCUCCAGGAACGUCCCACAAGAAGCCCAUAACUCCCCAGCCCUGCAUUCCUUCCACCAAGCUCCCAGAAUUCAUCACACAAUUUGUGGACCAUCACUGGUUUAAAGAACUGUACCCAGACAUUAAAACUCGACACACCCCCAGGCCCAAAGACUUUGCCCAGCUACUGCUGAAGCACAUGGAGCGUGUUGAGGCAGAGACCAAGAUGCAGAUGCUAAAAGCGCUGUGGGAGCUACAACAGCAGGGUGCACUACAGAUCAGUGAGCAGAUCUGCACCGGCCUCAUAGACGUGUUGAAGUCGUCUACCUCCUCAGCAACAGCUAAUGAGAAGCAUUUUCUCACCAAAUUAAUGAGCACACUAGUAUCCCUGGAUUCUGCCAGUCAGCAGCUGGUGGUGGAGCUGCUGGCCUUUCUGGUCCAUGGAGAGCUACAGGACACUGCCCAGUACUUGCUGGAAGUGAUGGGUGUGAAAGAGGUAGACCUUUGGCUGCGCCCUGAGGUAGAGGUCUGGGACAGUGGAUUGGCUGGGAAUCCGAAGCCCCAGGAGGUGCUGAGGAAGAAAGCCGCUGAUUGGUUGGAACUCUGGACCCAUCAGUACAAGGUGAACAGGGUGACCCAUGGCAUUAGAGUGAAGCAGAAGUCCAGAGGACUGUAGUCACAAGCGAUCAGACUAAACCUUCAGGCCUUUAGGAUGAGCGAAUUCAGUGGUAUAUAAGGAAGAAAAGCCACAAGGAAACAUUGUUUAAAUAUCAUGAACUGAAAUAAUAUUUUUGGCUUCAAGGCUUCAUAAAAUCAACAGGGUAAUUGUCAGCUGAUUAAAAUUUAAUCUUGUGUAGGAGUAAUUCUGAGCUAACA